CCAGCAAUGCGGGACUUUGUUCAAAGAGUAGUGGAGACACUCGGUGUGGAUGAGAACAAAGAUCGCGUGGCUGUGGUCCAGUACAGUAGAGAUCCAGCCGCCCAAUUCUAUCUGAACACAUACACAACAAAAGGAGAGAUUCUCAACACUGUAAGAGGUCUGAGACACAAAGGUGGGAGACCUCUCAACACUGGAGCAGCUCUCCAGUAUGUGAGAGACAAUGUCUUGACUGCCUCCUCCGGAAGUCGACGCACUGAAGGUGUUCCACAGUUACUGAUUCUGCUGAGUGGUGGAAGGUCCUUUGACAAUGUUGACACUCCAGCUUCUGCUCUGAAGGAGCUUGGGGUCUUGAUCUUUGGAAUUGGAACAAGGAGCUCUGAUAGCAGAGAAUUGCAGAGGAUAUCACAUGAUCCCAGUUACGCUCUGUCUGUCUCUGACUUCACUGACCUUCCAAACAUCCAGCAGCAACUUCUGUCCUCGGUGGAGUCAGUUGUUAUUGACGUUACGCCAGAAUCGACAACAGAUUUAGUUGAUCAUGACACCUCCAGAAAGGAUGUGGUAUUCCUUGUGGAUGGUUCUGAUGGCACAAGGAAUGGAUUCCCAGCAAUGCGUGAUUUUGUUCAGCGAGUAGUGGGGAAACUCAAUGUGGGAGGAGACAAAGACCGCGUUUCUGUUGUCCAGUACGGUAGAGAUCAAGAAGUUCAUUUCUAUCUGAACACAUACACCACAAAGGAGGACAUUCUUAACACUGUGAGAAGUCUGAGGCACAGAGGAGGUAGACCCCUUAACACUGGGGCAGCCCUCCAAUACGUAAGGGACAACGUCCUUACUGCCUCCUCUGGAAGCAGAAGCCAAGAGGGCGUCCCUCAGAUGCUGAUACUGCUGAGUGGGGGAAGGUCCAGUGAUAAUGUUGACAUACCAGCUUCUGCCCUGAAAGACAGUGGGGUCUUGAUCUUUGGCAUUGGAACCAGAAAUUCCAGCAGAGAGGUUCAAGGGAUUGCCACUGAUCCUAGUUUUUCCCAGUCUGUUUCUGAAUUCACUGACCUCCCCAGCAUCCAGGAGCAGUUUUUCUCCACACUCAUAACUGUACAAGUUGAGGCCACACCCAAAACCCCAACAGUCAUAGUGGACCAAAGCAUUGCCAGAAAGGAUGUAGUAUUCCUGCUGGAUGGUUCUGAUGGCACUAGGAAUGGCUUUCCAGCAAUGCGUGACUUUGUUCAAAGAGUGGUAGAGAAACUCACUGUGGAGGAGAACAGAGAUCGAGUCUCUGUGGUCCAGUAUAGCAAAGAAUCAGAGGCCCACUUCUAUUUGAACACUUACACAACAAAGGAAGACGUUGUGGGCACCGUAAGAGGCCUGAGGCACAAAGGAGGGAGACCCCUCAACACUGGGGCAGCUCUCCAGUAUGUCAGGGACAAUGUCUUUAUUGCCUCCUCCGGAAGUAGGCGCCUUGAAGGUGUUCCACAGAUUCUGAUACUGCUGAAUGGUGGAAGGUCCUUUGACAAUGUAGAUACACCAGCGUCUGCUCUCAAGGAGCUUGGUGUCUUGGUGUUUGGAAUUGGAACAAGGAGCUCUGAUAGCAGAGAAUCAAAAAUAUCCUAUGACCCCAGUUAUGCUCUUUCCGUGUCUGAAUUUACUGACCUCCCCAACGUCCAACAGCAGCUUCUUUCUGCUAUGGGCACUGUCAUUGUACAGGUCACAACCAUGACACCAACAGUAAAACCAACAAUCCUAGUUGAGAGUCAGGCUCCCAGGAGGGAUGUCGUGUUCUUGCUGGAUGGAUCUGAUGGCACGAGGAGUGGAUUCCCAGCAAUGCGGGACUUUGUUCAAAGAGUAGUGGAGACACUCGGUGUGGAUGAGAACAAAGAUCGCGUGGCUGUGGUCCAGUACAGUAGAGAUCCAGCCGCCCAAUUCUAUCUGAACACAUACACAACAAAAGGAGAGAUUCUCAACACUGUAAGAGGUCUGAGACACAAAGGUGGGAGACCUCUCAACACUGGAGCAGCUCUCCAGUAUGUGAGAGACAAUGUCUUGACUGCCUCCUCCGGAAGUCGACGCACUGAAGGUGUUCCACAGUUACUGAUUCUGCUGAGUGGUGGAAGGUCCUUUGACAAUGUUGACACUCCAGCUUCUGCUCUGAAGGAGCUUGGGGUCUUGAUCUUUGGAAUUGGAACAAGGAGCUCUGAUAGCAGAGAAUUGCAGAGGAUAUCACAUGAUCCCAGUUACGCUCUGUCUGUCUCUGACUUCACUGACCUUCCAAACAUCCAGCAGCAACUUCUGUCCUCGGUGGAGUCAGUUGUUAUUGACGUUACGCCAGAAUCGACAACAGAUUUAGUCACCACAACCGUAGUAUUCACUGGCGGAGAAAAGAGGGACGUGGUUUUCCUCAUUGACGGCACAACAGCAGUGCGCAGCGAGUUCCCCGCCAUCCGUGACAUGAUCGGGAGGGUCGUGGAAAAUCUGGACGUGGGUCUGGAUCGGGUGAGGGUGUCAGUGGUGCAGUACAGCGACGGUGCCACGGUGGAGUUCCUCUUGAACGAGCACUCCACCAAAGACGAGGUCCGCCAGGCCACGAGGAAGCUUCAGAGCAGCGGUGGGAACCGUCGGAACACUGGCCGUGCCCUUGAAUGGAUCUCCAAGAACAUCUACCAGAAAUCAGCAGGUAGCCGCAUUGAGGAGGGAGUUCCUCAGUUCCUCAUUCUAGUCACAGGGGGAAAGUCCAACGAUGACGUCUCUGGACCGGUUAAUCAGCUGAAGACCAACCUGGUUGCCCCUUUAGCCAUCGGCACAAAGAAUGCCGACCCCAAUGAACUGAGGCAGAUCGCCCUAAAGCCAGAACUUGCCUACUCCAUUAACAACUUCGGGCAGCUUCCAACAGUGGAGCAGCAGCUUAUUGCUUCAGUCAACACCAUGACCACCACAGACAUCUCCGGCAGUUUUGUUCCCUCAGUUUUGGAUAUUGCUAACCUCAACAUGGGGCGGAAAGAUAUCAUCUUUCUCAUCGAUGGCUCGGACACCACAGGCUCCAAUGGCAUCGCCCACAUCCGUGACUUCAUCCUCAACAUCGUUCAGCAGCUAGAUGUGCAACUUGACCAGGUCCGGGUCGCUGUCGUCCAAUAUUCCGACAAGGUCAAGACAGAGUUCUCUCUCAACUCCCACAACACAAAAACAGCUGUGCUCUCAGCCAUCAAAAAACUACGCCAGCAGGGUGGAAGAUCAUCCGAUCUUGCCAACGCCAUCGAGUAUGUGACCAGGAAUGAGCUGAAAGCCUCGGCGGGUGUCCGGCUUGCGCAGGCCUCCCAGCAUCUAGUGGUCCUUACCGGCAGAAGGUCCUCCACUGACGUGUCCGUGUACGGCCCUCUGCUUAAAGGCUCCCGGGUUAACUGCAUCGGCAUCGGGGCUGGUGCAGACUACAGGGAGCUCAACCAGAUUGCCACCAGCUCUGCCGAUGUUCUCCAGGUACCCGCUUUCCCCGGCUUGCCUGUCAUUAAGGAGAGGUUUAUUGCCAGGCUGAACGGAACAAUGCCUGAUGAGGCACCACCAGAUUUUGUCGACCCAAGCCUCCCUAAAGCCAAGGUUGCUGAUAUUGUAUUCUUGGUGGACGGCUCCAUCAACCUGGGUAAGGACAACUUCAAGGAGGUGAUGGGGUUCAUCCAGAACCUCAUCGACCUCUUCUUCACUGAGCGUGACAACCUGCAGAUUGGGCUGGCGAGCUACACCACCGACGUCACCGACGUGUUCUACCUCAACACCUACAAGAACAAGGACGACAUAAUUGAUGCCAUCAGCCGCACCGAGUACAAGGGAGGCCGCAGGAUCAAUACAGGUACCGCCAUCCACCACGUACAGGAGAACCACUUCAUCAAAGAUAAAGGCAGCAGGAAGGAUGAGGGAAUCGCCCAGAUCCUGAUGAUCAUCACCGGCGGAAGGUCGGCCAGCGACAGCAAGACCGCAGCUCUGGCGUUAAAGGCCACCGGUGUGCGCAUCUACGCUGUCGGCGUGGGUGACAUUGAGGAUGAGUUGAACAACCUGGCGAGUGAGGCCUCCACAGUGGCCAGGGCAAGCACGUUUGUGGAGCUCUCUGAGCUCAACGAGCAAAUCCUUGAGACAUUGGAUGACGAGGUGAAGGGAAUCAAGCUCUGCACUGGCGUGAGCCAGGAGCCCUCAAAAACCUGCAGUCUGGAGGUGUUGGUAGGCUUUGAUGUGUCCUCACCAAACAUCUUCCAGGCCCAGAGGAUCCUGGAGUCCAAGAUGGGUGCCAUCCUCCAAAGGAUCACCAUGAUGACCGGCAUCAGUUGCUCGUCGGGCCAGAUCCCAUUGAUCCAGGUGGGCAUCCUGGCCAUGGAUGCCGCCUCAGAACCCGUCCACCUGGAGUUCACGGACAACGCCGACAUGCUGUUCGAGGCAUUCCGAGCACUGCGCGCCCGCGGACCCUACUUCCUCAAUGCCAAGACCAUUGCCGCAUAUGGGUCCAGGUUCAAAAGCCGAGCAGCAGAUGCGGUCAAGGUUGUGAUCCAUCUGACUGAUGGUCUGGAUGGCCAGUAUAGUGAAAUUAAGAGACAGGUUGAAGAACUUAAGAUUUCAGGUGUGAACAGCUUUAUCCUCGUGGGUCUGGAGCGGGUACCCAGGUUUGAGGAGGCCGUGCUCCUGGAGUUUGGCCGCGGCUUCAGGUACACCAGACCCCUCAGAGUUAAUGUCAUGGACUUGGACUACGAGCUUCUGGAGGAACUGGACAACAUUGCUGAGAGGGAGUGUUGCGCGGUGCCAUGCAAAUGCACCGGCAGAAGGGGAGACAGAGGAGCAGUCGGACUUGGAGGACUGAAGGGUGGUCCAGGCGGAGCAGGUGGAGCAGGACAUCCCGGAGAUGAGGGUGGAUCCGGAGACAGAGGUCCUCCUGGUGUCAACGGAACUCAAGGUUUCCAGGGAUGUCCUGGACAGAGGGGCAUCAAGGGUGGUCGUGGGUACUCUGGAGAAAAGGGUGAAUUUGGAGAGAUUGGCCUGGAUGGCAUCAAUGGAGAAGAGGGCAAGAGUGGAGUCGCUGGACCCCCAGGAGACAGAGGAAACCCUGGGAGAAGGGGACCCAAAGGAACUAAAGGACAUGCAGGAGACAUCGGGGAUACCGGAAUCCGAGGAGAUCCUGGAACCACAGGGCGAGAUAACAACGUGGCUGGACCUAAAGGAGACCCAGGCGAUGUCGGCCCAGUGGGAGAGCCAGGGGACGAUGGUAAGAUGGGAGGCCCCGGUGAACCAGGCAGGACGGGUUCUGAUGGUCGAAGAGGCCCAGCCGGACAAGCUGGAGAACCUGGCAAACCCGGAGGUAACGGUGUGCAGGGAGAGCCAGGUAUCGGAGGAUCCAGGGGCCAAGCUGGACCAAUUGGUGCACGUGGUACCAGAGGUGAGGACGGGAACCCUGGACCAAGGGGCCCAGGAGGAGCCCAGGGACCCCCCGGAAACAAUGGCAGGAGAGGACCUCUCGGUCGCAAGGGUGAGCCAGGAGAGCCCGGACCCAAAGGCAUCGUGGGACCUCUGGGACCUCGUGGUGAACCUGGCGAAGAUGGUCGAGAUGGAUUUGGAAUCGCAGGGCCCAAAGGAAGAAAGGGUGAUGAGGGCUUCCCAGGAUUCCCAGGACCAAAGGGAGCGGCAGGUGAUGGAGGAACCAAUGGCGGACCAGGACCCAUAGGAAACCGUGGCCAGAGGGGUGUUUCAGGAGAAAUUGGUACUCCAGGACAGAAGGGAGAGGUUGGAUACCCGGGACCUUAUGGCCAGAAAGGACCGAGAGGACCUGGCGUUGUGCAAUGUGACUUGGUGAAGAAAAUCAGAGACAACUGUCCUUGCUGCUAUGGUCAGCAGGAGUGCCCACUCUACCCUACCGAGCUGGCCUUCGCACUGGACACCUCCGAAAACGUGGGUAGGCCUGCCUUCAACAACAUGCGCGACACCGUGCUCCGCCUGGUUGGCAACAUCACCAUUGCCGAGAGCAACUGCCCUCGCGGCGCCCGAGUGGCCCUCACCCUCUACAACAAUGAAGUGACCACCGAAAUCCGCUUUGCAGACGGGCUGAAGCGGCGUGCACUGGUGCAGCGUGUGGAGGGCCUCCAGGCAUUACAGACGCGCAAACAGCGUAGCCUGGAGACGGCCAUGAACUUCCUGGCGCAGAACACCUUCAAGAGGGUGCGCAGCGGCUUCCUCAUGAGGAAGGUGGCCAUCUUCUUUGUUAAUGGGCCAGUGAAGGAUCAGCGGGCGGUAAGCGCAGCCGCCCUACGCCUCUAUGACUCCGGCAUCGCAUCAGUGUUCCUGACCAAUAAAGAGGAUGGCCAGCUCACCAGAGCUCUGAAGAUGAACAGCACUGGGUCAGCACUGGGUCAGGUGAUUGUGCUGCCCAAUCCCGGAAGUGCACAGUACAUCUCAGCUAUCCAAAAGGUCAUGAACUGCCACAUCUGCCUGGACUCCUGCGCCCCGGACCAAAUGUGUGACUAUGCCCCCCCUCAGCAGUCAAGAGACAGGAGGGCCUCCACCACUGAUGUGGACAUUGACAUGGCCUUUGUCAUGGAUAGCUCCGAGACCACCUACCCCACCGUCUUCACUGAGAUGAAACGCUACGUUGCACACAUCGUAGAGCAGCUGGAGGUCUCGUCGGACCCUGUGGCAUCCAUUCACCACGCCCGCGUGGCUGUAAUCCAGCAUGCUCCCUACGAGUUCCUGCGCAACAGCAGCGGCUCACCCAUCCUUGUGGAUGUGGGCCUGACUGACCACCGCUCGGCCCAGGACAUCCGCAAUUUCCUACUUGAGAAGACGCCCCAACUGGAGGGUGGGCGGGCCCUGGCAGUGGCCAUCGAGCACACGGUGGAGCAGGUGUUUGAGAAAGCACCCCACCAGCGAGACCUCAAGGUUCUGAUGUUGUUUGUGACCGGCCCUGUGGAGCAGGAUGAGGAGCGGCUGGUUGCUGUGGCCACCGAGGCCAAGUGUAAGGGCUAUUUCUUGGUCAUCCUGGGUGUAGGCGAGAACCUGGGUGCUGGGGACACCCGCGUGCUGACGCGCAUGGCCAGCGAGCCAUCCGAUGUCUUCUUCAAGAGGCUGACCAGCACCACGCACUUCUACGACAUGCACAUUCAGAACUUUGGCCGACUGCUGCCCAAGUAUCUCAGCAUUGAGAACGUUUUCUACAUGUCCCCUGAAGUCUCCAAAAACUGUCACUGGUACCAGAGUGACCAGUCAUUCCCCAAGUUCCCCUUCCCCAAGUCACACCACAGCCAAGAGAAACACGAAAACCACCAGGCAGUCCAUCCAAGAAAGCACAACGACCAAGACUCAGACGAGUUGCACGUAGCCAACGUCACUUCCAGCAGCCUGACUCUGCGCUGGGCCAGCCCGGACCCCAAGUACAUGGCCUACUUUAAGGUGGUGGUGACGCGCCUGCGUGACAACACACUGGUGUUGAGGAGAAAUGUGACGGGCACGGAGCUCACUGUUGGCGACCUGGAGAGUGCCCAGACCUACCACGCCGUGGUAACCAUGCACACCGCCCAGGGCCACGUUGCGGCCACCCACAAAGGCAUUAUUACCACCAAAGCAGCAGCAGAGCAUAAGGUCACUGCCCCCAUGGAGGUGACAGGUAUCAUGGCCACUACACCACUGGACAAACCAGAGAUUGCAGAGCCUCAGCAACAAGUGGAGCAGCAGCCCGAGACGGAGAUCCUUCCAGCUAUUGCUCUGCCUCGAGGCCAGAAGGCAUGGGAUUGGUUGGAUGAAAGCCGUGCAAACAGCGGGCGGCGCUCACAGCGACGAGUGAGAAUAAAAGGAAAGAGAAGAAAAGGCUCCCUAGGUGCACCUGUCAACCAAAGAGUCAUUGCCGCAAUAAAAACGUAGGAGGAAAUUGAUUCAUUGUCAACAUAUACCUCUACUGAGGAGAUUCUGAGGAAAAUCAACAAAAAUGACCAAAGAGAAGCUAUACCAAAGGAGAGGUGGCUGCACUGGAUUCCACAAACAGGAUUUGAUCAAAAUGAGUAUUGAAGUAGUCUAUAUUACAGAAAGAAAGAAAGCAAAUCAAUUUGCUGCAUGAUUUUUCCUACUGGUGCUACAUAGUGUUUUUUGUGUGUUUUUUUUCUCUGGUUGAGUUGCGGAGAACAUCCAGUGUUUGUAAGGUAACAUUUCUGGAACAGUUACAGAAUAUGUUUUUCAUUAAAAAGUUGAACUCGUCAUUUUAUUAAGUAAUGUGUAUGAAUAUCUUGGGACACAGAUUUAUCAAUAAAUCCUUAUUUACAUAUGCACAUGCACAUACACUCACAAGUCCACAGUGACUUUGAAAGAGUCAUCAUACGUUUGUAUUACGUCACUAUAUCCCCCAAUACAGACAUUCACUCACUUUGCUGAUGUCUACACAAGUCAAGCUGGCAGUGUGUAUGUAAUGACAGUUAAACCAGUUUCUCAGCGAGGAAAGGAAUUCAUCAUGUAAUGUAAAUUCACUUCUAGAACCACUGCCUCAAACACACAUGUUCCAGUUUUUGAAUAUGGAAUGUACUUAUCAAGCUGUUAGUGAUUUUUGUUGUUGUCUUGUUUUACUUAACUUUGUGUUUCAUCUGGGAACGGGGGGGGAAUAAACAUUUAUUAGUCUUUCUAAUAAA